AUGGCUCCUGUACUUCUGUCCCAAUCUCAAAGUAAACACUUGAUCAAAAAAUUAGAAAAUGCUGGGUACCAAUCAUUACAGGUUCGAAGUUCUCUUAUUAUAGAGUUUCAUUUCAAAGCUCAAGAUCUUCAAGUAUGGGUUGAUUCUUGGCCAGAAUUCACCACAGUUCUACUCAUAAAACUUUUACCAGAUGAAAAAUAUAUUCACCAACUCUGUUACAUCUUCUCUUCAGAUGAAGAAAAACUAAAAGAAUUGUUGAAGACACCAAAUCUUAUUUUAUGGGGUCACGUAAUAUUUAUAGCUUGCCCAAUAAAAUUUAAGGCUAUUCUACAAGAGUUUGCCGAGAUAUAUGGAUGCGCUUUGACAUUUCCAAACUAUACAUUCCAGCUACAUGCUUUGAACAGAAUGAAAAGUAAACCUUGGAAAGUCCCUGAAGAAGUCACUGUAUCUAGUCUAACCCCUGAUCAAGCUGAAGCAGUGUUCAACAACUGGGAGUUUAGCAGCUCUGAAAACAAAGAGGAUGAAUUAAAAAACAUAAAAAUGCUUAUAGAGUCAUAUCCCACUCUGUGCCUUUUUAACUCUGAAGGAAGGCUUAUCGCAUAUGCCAUUGGGCAAAUGUAUGGUGGAAUGGGAAUGUUGCAUGUUGAACCUGAAUACAGGAAUCGUGGUUAUGGAAAAACAGUUAUGUAUCUUCUUUCUCAAAAAUACUCUGAUGUUGGCUAUCCUGCUUUUUGUCUCACUAGCCCAAGAAAAUACAAUUUCAAACAAAAUACAUAA